AUGUGUAAUAAAAGUAUUAUUGUUACUACAUUGUUAGUAGUUUUCUGCACAUCGGUUAUAGAAUCAGUGUCGUUCAUUAAGAAGUGUAAGUCUGACGAUUCAAAAUGUAUUAAAGAGUCCGCGCAAGCAGCUAUUCCGACCUUUGCUUCUGGUCUGCCUGAAUAUGGAGUCAAAUCGUUGGAUCCUUUUACAUUCGAGAAGAUUGAUGCCAGCACAAGCAGCUUAGAGCUUAUACUGACCGAUAUCACGGUAAAAGGCCUUAAAAACUGUAUAGCAAAGAAAAUCAAACGUGAUAAGACCAAAUCUAAACUUUUCAUCAAAUUGUUAUGCUCAGCCGAUUUGGAUGGUCAAUAUAAGAUGAAAGGACAUCUUCUUUUUCUUUCACUUGAAGGCAAUGAUGCAGUCCACGUAAAGCUAAGACAAGCUGAAAUCAACGUAGAAGUAGAUUUAGAAGCACAAGACAACAAGUGGAAUAUCAAGCACUGGCAGCAUUCAUUUAAUCUAAAAGGCAAAUCCGAAGUAAUUUUUGAAAAUCUGUUUAGUGGCAACAAAGAUUUGGCCGGCGCAGCUCAAGAAGUUAUAGCCCAAAGUGGAAACGAUAUAAUUUAUGAAGUGGGUCCUCCAGUAAUAAAAGCCGUCAUUGACCAAGUUGUUAAAACGAUCAGUAAUUUCUUCCACGCUGUACCUGCAGAUGAACUAUCCAUAGAUUAA